AUGGUGCGGCCCCGCUUCGCCGUAAGCUCGGCCAUUGCCGCUUUCGCGUGGCAAGCCACCGCCGAUCUUUUGCCACAAACCAUCACUCUUACAGGUGUUCCAGUCCCGGGACCUGAUUACGAUGGGCCCGACCCUACCGGCGGUCUGGCACAGCCCUCUAGAGAUUGGAUUCCUCCCGAGCUGUCCCAUCUUAUCCCGACUCCGGGAGUGAACUUCACCGGCACCUUGCCAACCUCUAUUUCGGAGCCAACCUUUCCACAUGAGGGCGGCGAAGAUCCGGAAGAGCCUGUGGAAACGGGAACCCCCGAGGAACCCGAGGAGCCUGAAGAACCCGAGGAACCAGAAGAGCCUGAGGAGGAUCUCGGCUGCCACAGUAAUGGUCUCGACUAUCAAAAUGGCGGCACAUACAAUAUUGAUAUGACCGUGGAGGACUUUUUCGGCUUCAAGUCCGAGUUCAUAGGAUGCGAAAACGCCACCAUCUACCCGUACAUGAUUGAUCCUGAAGGUUACGAGUACCCGUGUACUGUUAUGCAGACCUUGCCCGAGGGAGACGUUCAGUACUCCGAAUGCGAUGUUCUGUACUCUGAAAUGUGGUCUGGUAACUGGUCUAUCGUCAUCGAGGCCUACGACAUCGAGUUCUCUGUCCAGCGUGACUUUGAGCUCGUCGUUGGUAUUCUUCCCAAGGUCACCAGUACCGCUGUCGAUACCCUUAUUGUCGGAAUUACCACCCAUCCCGAUGCAGCGACGGUGACAAAUUGGCACAACCAGACCAGUACUUUGAUUUACUGGCCCGACGCCGUCCUCGCCACCUGCCCAAGCAACACCCAAACCAUUACCGAGUGGUUGGAGGGCGAGACCACCACCCUCUACUAUAAGAGUACCCGGACGGCGUACCUGGCCCUCUUACCCGGUUCCGACAACCGCGGCCCCCGGCCAGCCCCCGACGCAGCAGCAGCCCACGGCACCGACUCCUACGUCUACCGUAUGCCGCGGAACCACGUGCAUCACCCAGCAGCCCCCAUCACCGUCACCACCACCAGGGUGAUUACAUCCCCGGGCGUCACCAUUACCAGCUUGCCCGGCACGUCCUACACCGUCUGCCGUGGCACGACCUGUCUGGAGGAAGAGUUCCCCACCGCGCCGCCCGGCCAAAACAACCCCGUGCCGUCCAAGACGCCCGACAAGCCGCGCGAGCCGACCACGACUCGCACGACGCCCACCUCGCAGCCUCCCACGCAACCCGGCCAGCCCACGCAGCCCACCGAGCCGCAGCAGCCCCAGGAGCCUCCGUCCACCCACGAGCCCGUCACGCGAACGCGCACCAGGACUCGCGAGGAGUCGCAGACUUGGAAUACGGAGCCCAUCACGCCGCCGAGCCCGACGUUCCCGACCAGCAUACCGCCCAUCACCCAGCCGCCCAUCGUUACGCUGCCCGGCUCGAGCUACAGUGUCUGCAGGGGCAUCACGUGUCUGGACGAUAUUGAUAUCGAGAUCCCGACGUUCCCUCCUGAGCAGCCGACGCAGCCUAAUGAGCCGACGCAGGGACCGGGACCGGGACCGGAUCAGCCUGAGGAGCCUGAGGAGCCGGAGCAGCCUGGUGAGCCGGAGGAACCUGAGGAACCUGAGGAGCCCGAGGAGCCUGAAGAGCCCGAGCAACCUGGUGAGCCUGAGCAGCCUGGAGAGCCUCAAGAGCCUGAGCAACCAGAGGAGCCCGAGGAGCCCGAGGAGCCUGAGCAGCCCCAAGAGCCCCAAGAACCGGAGGAGCCAGAGCAGCCGGAGCAGCCUGGUGAACCCCAAGAGCCCGAGGAGCCUCAAGAGCCCGAGCAGCCCGGACAACCCGGACAGCCCGAUGAACCUCAGGAACCUGAAGAGCCCGAGCAACCGGCUGAGCCUGGUACUCCACCGGAUACGCAGCCAGAGCCCACGGAGAGACCGGAUCAGCCUGGCCAGCCUGAUGAGCCUGGUCAACCUAACGAGCCGGAUCAACCUGGUCAACCUCAGCAACCUGACCAGCCUGGAGAGCCUCAGCAGCCAGAACAACCUGGCCAACCUCAGCAACCAGACCAGCCUGUAGAAACUCAGCAGCCUGAUCAGCCUGGACAACCUCAACAGCCGGAUCAGCCGGGGCAGCCUCAGCAACCUGACCAGCCUGGACAGCCUCAGCAGCCAGAGCAACCUGGCCAACCUCAGCAGCCCGACCAGCCUGUAGAAACUCAGCAGCCGGAUCAGCCCGGCCAACCGGACGACCAGGACGAUCCCCAGACUCGCACGCUCCGAACCCGCGAGCGCACCCGGACAUCGAGCUUCGACCAGGGCCAGCAACCCGUUCCCACGACUCCUCCUCCAGCCGGAGCAGCCUGCCUCAGCAGCCGGAGCAACCUGGACAGCCCCAGCAACCCGACCAACCUGGGCAGCCUCAGCAGCCGGAGCAACCUGGACAGCCCCAGCAACCCGACCAACCUGGGCAGCCUCAGCAACCUGAUCAGCCUGGGCAACCUCAACAACCUGAUCAGCCCGGCCAACCUCAACAACCUGAUCAACCCGGCCAGCCUCAGCAGCCAGAGCAGCCCGGACAACCUCAGCAACCUGAGCAACCGCAGCAACCUGGGCAGCCCCAGCAGCCCGACCAGCCCCAGCAGCCACAGCAACCUGAUCAGCCCGGCCAACCUCAACAACCUGAUCAACCUGGGCAGCCUCAGCAGCCGGAGCAACCUGGUCAACCUCAACAGCCGGAUCAGCCUGGGCAGCCUCAGCAACCUGAUCAGCCUGGGCAACCUCAACAACCUGAUCAGCCCGGCCAGCCUCAGCAGCCAGAGCAGCCCGGACAACCUCAGCAACCUGAGCAACCGCAGCAACCUGGGCAGCCCCAGCAGCCCGACCAGCCCCAGCAGCCACAGCAACCCGAUCAGGGUAACAAUGGAGGCAACAAUGGGAACCCGCAACAGCCUCAGCAACCCGAGCAGCCGCAACAACCUCAACAACCCCAGCAGCCCGAUCAGCCUCAGCAGCCUCAACAGCCUGACCAAGGGAACAAUGGUGGUAACAACGGCGGCAAUCCUCAGCAACCCCAACAGCCUGAACAGCCUCAGCAACCCCAGCAACCUGAUCAAGGCAAUAAUGGAGGGAACAAUGGGAAUCCCCAGCAGCCGCAGCAGCCGCAGCAGCCGCAGCAGCCGCAGCAGCCGCAGCAGCCGCAACAACCUGAGCAGCCACAGCAACCACAGCAACCUGACCAGGGCAAUAACGGAGGUAACAACGGAAAUCCCCAGCAGCCUCAGCAACCUCAGCAGCCCCAGCAGCCCGAUCAAGGCAACAACAACGGUGGCAAUAAUGGCGGGAACCCUCAACAGCCCCAGCAACCUGAGCAACCUCAGCAACCUCAGCAGCCGCAACAGCCUCAACAGCCUGAUCAGGGUAACAAUGGUGGCAAUAAUGGAAACCCUCAGCAGCCUGAGCAACCGCAACAACCGCAACAACCGCAACAGCCGCAGCAACCUGACCAGGGCAACAAUGGAGGUAACAACGGAAACCCUCAGCAACCUCAACAGCCGCAACAGCCGCAACAACCGCAACAACCAGAUCAAGCCCGACCAGGGCAACAACGGUGGCAAUAACGGAGGCAAUCAGCAACAGCCGCAACAACCCCAGCAACCGCAACAGCCCCAGCAGCCUGAUCAGGGUAACAACGGAGGGAACAACGGAGGCAACAACGGCGGUAAUCAACAGCAGCCCCAGCAACCUCAGCAGCCCCAGCAGCCCCAACAGCCUGAUCAGGGUAACAACGGAGGGAACAAUGGCGGCAACAACGGUGGGAACCAACAGCAACCUCAACAACCUCAGCAGCCUCAGCAACCCCAGCAACCCGAUCAAGGCAACAACGGAGGAAACAAUGGAGGGAACAAUGGAGGGAACAAUGGCGGCAACCAACAACAACCUCAGCAGCCCCAGCAGCCUCAACAACCCCAGCAACCUCAGCAGCCCGACCAGGGCAACAACGGUGGCAAUAAUGGAGGCAACAACGGAGGCAACAACGGUGGUAACCAGCAGCAACCCCAGCAGCCUCAACAGCCUCAGCAACCUCAGCAACCCCAGCAACCUGAUCAAGGUAACAACGGAGGCAAUAAUGGAGGCAACAAUGGAGGAAACAACGGUGGUGGCCAACAGCAACCCCAGCAGCCUGAGCAACCGCAACAACCCCAGCAGCCCCAACAACCUGAUCAAGGAGGCAAUCAAGGAGGUGACCAGGGCGGAAACCAGGGCGGCGAUCAAGGUAACAACCCUGGAAGCGCGGUGGCAACACCAGCAAGCCGUCCUACUUUGUUCCCCGUAUCUCGGGUACCGGCUGCGGUGGCUUCGCAGAUGGUGGCGGAGAUGGCUGCCAUGGUGACAGAUAGGCCUAAAGCCUCUCUACGACGCCGACAGGAGAAGGAUGAGCCAGUGGAGGAAGACGAGGAGGAAGAUGAGGAGUCGGGUGAGGAUACCGACGAAGAGGAGUACCCAGAUGAUGUUGUUGUGUUCCCUACGAUCACGGAGACAGUCUGGGACGCCAACGCUACACAGACGUAUAUGGUCACAAUUGCGCUGGCUCAGAAGACGGUCUACGAGGAUGUUAAUCACGUCGUUACAUCAACUUUCAUCCCGCCGGCUCAAACUCUCUGUGUAAACGAUGUCGACGUCACAACGACGGAAACAUUCCAGGGAGAAGAGCAGACCGAAUUCUAUGUAGAUUACGUGACGGUGACUACGGAGCAGACGAUUUGGAUAGGACAAACAACAGUGCAAACGUACUCGGACUACCAUAUCAUGACGCAGUGCUGGCAGGGCGGAGGCUGGUACGGAUUCCCUUAA